AUGAGCCUGAACCAAGCCCAUGUUCCAGCGAAGGCCCCAGUGGCAAGCAAACCACUCAGGACAGUGUGUCUGGCGCGUCUUGAAGACUUUCUGCCCAAGUUUGACAUGGAAUCGAGCCCCAGCGCUUCAGGAGACUCAGAAACCCCAGAGACGAGUUCCAGUGGCUCAACCUUCGAUCUGAUGGGCCAGUACCAGUCUGAAACCUGGGAAACGCCCAGCGCCUAUGAAUCCGAGUCCAUUGCUGUGACCGAUGAAUGCAUUUCCCAGCCAGAGUUUGACGACGCUGGCCUAGAGACAACUUCUUACGACAAUUCUGCGAGUUUCUCCGAUGUGCCACAGCUUAACGAUCAAGAGCUAAGGCCUAACGGCCUCGAAUCCGACUCAGAACUCGACAUUUUUGCAGAAGACCCAGUUACCGCAGUCUCAGCACAUGCGCCCACCGAUCCUAUUCGCCCAGACGAAGCCUAUAGCCCGUUGUAUGACUCCGAGAGCGCAUCCGAGGCUGAUCACAGCCAGCGCUUUGUGCUUCCAGAGAUAAGCGCCGACAUCGCUGAGAUGUCGGACUUGUACCAGUUUGCCUUUGGAUUUGAGCCCGAUGUGCCCAAAGCCGGCCCAAGACCACUGAGUAAUGACCAAUGCCAUCUUUUGUGCAAUGUUCCACGUCGUUUCGAGUCAUUCCAGAGUAAUGAGCGACGAGAGCCCAGUCAGCAAGUUAGCCGAGGAUUCCGAGUCGCCAGCCAAGCCGCUGCCGUCGAUGUCAAGCUUCCUAGAGUGAAAACAUGCCACAAAGUCUUCACCCCCAAGCCGUUGCUGCUAGUUGAACACGUCAUUCCAGCCAAGGCGACCAGAGUAGCGCCCGUGUCGCUUGAUCAGGCUUAUGAGAAACUGCCCCCGCGCGCGCUGAUUCUUACACCUGAGAUGUGUAGACUCAAGCAGCCAAAGGUCAACCUUAGCGUCGCAAUCCCAAUCGAAGAGUACAGCAGUGUCGAGUCUUCCACUGAGUCUAUCAAUGCCAGCUGCCAAGAGAUCGAGCCAAUCGAUGCUGCGUCGACCAGUCAUAGUCAUGAAGCCGAAGAUGCGACUCCGGUCCACAGUGAGAACGAGUUCCUUGUGCCUUGCGACAGAGCUGGAGAAUAUAGUGAACGUUUGAGCACCAAGGAAUCCAGCGUUUCAGUUUGGGACUCUAGUGGCGAGUCCAGCGCCAGCGGGUAUGGUGAAGCCAAGAUGCGCGCAGAGAGGCGACAUUUCACACCUGAGUACAAUGAAGGAUCUGGUAGUCCACCCAAGAAGGAUCCAGAUAAAGCUCUGAGCUGCGAAUCCGAUCCCAAUCGUGGUGGUGAAGCGCCUAAGCACGUUAGGAUGCCGUCGCUGCCAACCAUAUCCGAGUUCAAUGACGGUUAUGCUGAACCGCCCACGAAAGAUCCUGACAAGGCCUUAUAUAUGAAUAAGCGUCCGGGAGAUGGCCUUGCCCGAGAGUAUGAGUCUGAAGAGACUCUAGAGGCCGAAUGUUCGCGAGAGAUCGAGUUCCAAGGGGACACUUUCGCAGUUGAAAAUCCAGAUGGAAUUUAUGUCGUUUGCGAUGACAUGAUCGCAUUUUUUGAAGUCAAACACGAGUCUAAGGUGACUCCAGAGGCCGAAAGUAUACGAGAUGCCAAGCUCCACAGUGACAUCCUCACACUUGAAAUGCCGGAAGGCACCUAUAUCAUUUGCGAUGAUGAGAUCGCCCUGUUCGAAGUCAAUGGCGAGUCUGAACCAAGCAGAAAGUCGAACAUUGCACGAGUCCUGGACUCAGCCCAAGAGGACAGUGAGCACGAGCAUAAAGAGCCAAGGCCUCCCGGCCUCAACGAUGAGCUCAAUUGUUGUUCCACAUUGUGUACCGACUUCCGCCGCGAGGUUUCCGUGCUUGAGACGCCAGAGGGCAUCUAUGUCAUCCACGGUGGCCUUGUGAUUCUUUUUGAAGUUGCCCAAGCCGCGGAGCGCGAAAUCCAGUUCAGACCCAGCCUAGCGCAAGAUGGGACCGAGUUCAAGGCUAAAUCAGAGCCAAAGUCCCUCAGCCUCAGCGAUGAGCUUAGUUCGAUGCCGAUUUCAGUCACUCUUACGCGCGAGUUGAAUAGAGAACAGGAUUAUGAUUUGAUCGACAAAGAUGCUAACAUACAUGAUGUAUUCGACGCAAUGAACGGCCCUACCUCCCGGAAUCUCGUUAGCGCUGGUCCUGGCAAUGGAGCACCCCAGCCCCCAAAGACCCCACGUUCCCCCGACCUAGUCGAUGACGGCUAUGAAUGCCGACCUGAGAAAGACCCCGACAAGGUCUCAAACAUGAAUAAACGUCCGGGAAAUGGCCCAGCCCGAGAACAAGAGUCAGAGGAGACUCCAGAGGUCAAAUGUUUGCGUGGUGUUGAGUCCCAAGGUGACACCCACAUACUCGCGAUGCCGGAGGGCAUCUUUUCUUUCCAAGCAUAA